UUGAUGUUUGUUAAAAUGUCAAUAAAAUCUUUUAUAUACUGUAACGUAUAUUUACUAAAUUUUAAAUUAACUAUUGAAAUCGUAUUUAAUAUAUUUAGGUGAAUAUAAAGUUGGUGCGCGACUUCGGCAUCAGCGCCAUUGAGGAAAUUGACGGUGACGAAGGCGAUUUUUCAGUAAAAACUGAUGAGUUUGACGAAAAUGGUAAUUCUACAGCGGACAAUGCAGCAGCAGUCUUGGCAAGUGGAGUUGCCGGUAGCAUGAGUGUUAUACAUCUUCAAAGAUGUGCUGUCCACACUUUACAGUUAGCCGUGAAUGAUGCAUUGAAGAGGCCCACAAUAAAAAAUCUUAUUAGUCAUGCGAGAGAAGUUGUGAAAACUGCAAGAAAUUCUAAGUGGAUUGACUUCUUCAGGGACCAAGCUACACAUCUUGUUCCAAUUUUAGAUCAGGCUACUUGUUGGUCUAGCCAGUUCAAUAUGAAUGAGAGGCUAAUUAAGAUUCGACCAGUAAUUCAAAAUUUGAAUAUGCAAAAAGAAGCUCCAAAAGAAUUUAAUUUGCAACCAUAUCUUUGGGGAACGUGGGAGGAAUUGAGAGAUAUAUUGCAAAUGGCACGCGAUCUUACUAUUCGUCUUCAGCGUGAAAACAUCAGAACAUCAAAAACAGGUGAAUUCCUUUUUGAUUGGAAUUCAAUAAAGUGUAAACUAGACGGGAAGGACAGCGACUUAGCUAAAGAUUUCCGGAAAAGAAUGGAUAAUAGAGAGAGCGCACUACGCGAAAAUUCGUUGUUUCUUGCAGCAGUUUACGUGGAUAUUAGGCAUGGCUGUAUGCUGACAGCGACUGAAGACAAGAUAGCUGCAGCUGAUGGACUUUGGAAAAUUAAUUACAAACUGAUUCAACUGGCUAAUAAAAAUAAGAAUGAUGAACUGAACAAAACCAAAAAAAAAAUAGCGUCCAACUCUGUAACAGUUCAUAUUGCAGACUCUAGUUCAGAAAAUGAGGAAAAUGCUUCACCAGUCGCAAAGCGACGACCGAAUUUAUUUAUGCUGUGUGAACAGGAGAUUGAAGAGAAUUCUUCAGAAGAACAAAUGUAGAUUCAGCUAAAUGUAAUACAAACGGAGUUUCGACAAGCUCUAAAAACGAUUCCGGAAAUUCGUUCAAUAUUUAAAGACAACUCCCCCAACUUAGACGAGUUUUUAAAACUUAACCCAUUAAAAACAAUUCAGCAGUUUCCUGAAGUUUUACGGGAUGCCUGCCGAGUCGCUUUGUCGCUACCCAUAUCCCAAGUCAGUGUUGAGCGACUAUUUUCAGUCUUAAAGCACAUGACUCUAGACCAUCGUAGUCGAUUUACAUCUGAGUAAAUUGACGAUAUGCUUUUUUUACGAACAAACCAAUUUUUUAUUUGAAUAUUU